CCUAACAUGAGAGCCUGGAGGAAAGUGGGACUAUCACGUCUGUCUUGCAGGUUUCACCUCCCCAGAGCUCAGCCACUUAGUGCUGUUGCAGUUUUCCUACCACCUCUGCCAGCCAAUCCUGUCUGGUUGGGAAUCUGACCUCCCUAUUGGCUAUGGCAGACCUUUAAACUGCCUGCUUUGUGACAUCAUUCUGCCACCAAACCUACCACCACCUGGUAGAAUCUUGGGGUUUGCUGGGAGUGGCCUGUACAUUUGUAUCAUCGCAAGUGGCCAGUGACCAGUGACCGGUGACCAGUGGCCUUCAUACUGGACACAUGCACUCGUUGGCUGGAGCCACCCACACAUCCGCUAGUAUCGUCUCUUCAUCCUUUGUAUCUGCAGUUGAUGUUUCUUCUUCUCUGACCAUGUCAGAAGAUUUCCAAAAUACGUCUUUACCUGGAACUGCAAACUCUCUGCAGCUCUCUCUUCCUGUGGUGAGCAAUGUGGCUUCCUUAACAGGAAGCAUCUCCAACUUCUCCAGAGCCUCUGCUCCAGCCAUCAGCUCAGCAUGGCUACAGCCAUCAGCCUCUGGCACCUCCUUCCAGCCAAUCAUGGGCAGUGCCUACCUUUAUCAACAUUCUAGCACAACUAUGUUGUCUGGGGUUACUGGCAUGUUGUCUGGGGUUACUGGCCAGAGCCAUAUCUCUACUUCAGCUGCCUCUUAUCCAGGCAUUUUUGAGUGGGAUAGUACAGCAAGCACAGCAAAGAAGUCAUCCUCACUCAGGGACUUCACUGUGACUGUCAUUGACCAGAAUACAGCUGUCUCUUCCAUGUCUAUGACAGCCCAGUAUGAUAAAACUUCAGAUACCAAUACUGUGGUCCCUCUGUAUCCAUCACUAUCUGCCAGCCUUGUUCAGGGCACACUAACUCAAAUUCCAAAUCAGCAGGGCCAUAGCCUGUCACUUCCCUACCAGAUAGGAAGUCAGGUCUAUUACUAUAAUCAAGGCACACUGGGACCUCAACUAUCCUGCCUGCAAUCCUAUGGCUCUGUGUCAUACACAGGAUAUAGGGCUUCUGCCCAUCAACCAGAAAUGGUGAUGGUGCUAAAGGAGGUUCAGCCCACAAAUGUCCUACCACCAGUCUCUACUUCUGGGAUGUAUUACUCUGUGUCUACUCAACCCAUCACAGAAACCAGUGUUCAAGUGAUGGAAACUUCCCUGGGGAUGGAUACUUCCCUGGGAUUGCAAUCUCCAAGCCAGACAUUUUGUCUGCCACAAACUCAAGAAUUCUCCAAGUCCUUCAGUAGCAGAAAUACCCAGAUACUUGAGAGUAACCCAUCACCUGAGCUUGGGGACAUUUCAAUGAUAACUCCAGUCCAGAGUCCUACUAAUCUCUUGACACUGUCUCCAGUUCCAAGCCAGGAAAAAAAUGAGAAUGAGAAUUUGGAUGAGAUUAAAACCAACCUUUCAAAGCCUCUAGAUGUCUACCAGAUCCUAAUAGGAAAUCAAGAUCCUCCACUACUUCCUUUAGAAAUCCCUGAUAUUCACCCACUUCUGGCCUGCAUUGAUCCUCUUGGCCAAGAGGAGCAGCCUGGUUCUGAAAAUGCCGAUCUAAGAAAUAACAGCCUGAGUCUUGAAGACCAAGGGAUAUUUGAAAAUGAGAUUGAGUCUAGCAGUGAUUUGGCAGACAUCACUACAUUGGUGGAGGAUACUCACCUCCCCCCAAUCUUCAGUUCCUUACAGGAUCUUGACCUACCCAAAAGUCCCUCAGCAAAGACAGCCAAAGAUACCAGUGCCAUCAAGGUAAAUCAGGUGCAGGAAAAGUCAUGUGUCAUAAAGGGUCACUCUGAUCAAGACAGGAAGAACAAGCAUAAAGCUUCCGAGCCUAUCCAGGGUGCUCCGAAGGCCAAAAUCCAGCCAAAGAACCCAGAGUGCCUAUUAGAGGGAGAAGUGGUUGUUUGCAGUGCUACAGUCAGUGACAGUGCUUCUGUGAACAAGGCCAAGCAUUCUAGCAACAAACCUCACAAAGCUGCAUCCAGCAGGAUCAGCAAAGCGAAGAGCCAUGGGCAGGAAAAGACCAAAGGGAACAGAAAAAACAGCUCCAAGAAAUCUGAAGAGAGUAAGCAGUCAGGGAACAACAUCAAGGUAGAAGAGAAGCAAACCAUUCCCAAUAUGAAGCGGAAGAAAAAUCAACCUGAGCUUAGCCAAGAGACCUUUAAAAAGCCCCGAAGCUCCCUGGGCAUGCACAUGCUGGAGUCCGUGCAAGUUUUCCAUGCACUCGGGAAAAAGAUCGAUAAGAAAACUGGAUUCUCUUCCUCCAGGACCCUGGGAAGCUCAAGCAACACCCAAAACCACCAGCCAUUCCCAGCUCUCAAACCAUGGCUGGAUACCCAACGUGAGGGUAAAGGCCCGGAGAAAAUUCAAGUCAAGGCCCAGAAACUAGAUGAUAGUGCUGAAAAAGAGUGUCCAUCUCCAUCCCACUCUGAGUUGCCACCACCUGGGAAGGUCAAGUUGAUACCUUUGCCCUUUCUGGCCCUGGACAAACCUCAAGCUCGACCUGUUUCUCGGCGGCCAAACCCUCCAGCCUCACGUAAGCCUGCUGUGGCUUACCCUGCUCAACCUGAUUCUACUAACUCAGCUCAAUCGACUGCAGUCAAUCCAUCCCGACCAGCUCCUAGCAACACAUCUUUGCCAGGUCCUGCCACACCAGCUCCGCCAAUUUCGACCAAAGCAACCCAACCUGGUUCAGCCAACCCUACCCAGCCUACUGUCCCUCAAUCUGCAGUUUCUAGGCCAUCACUCUACAAAACAUCAUCUUGUACUUCUCUGCAUCGGGAGCCUGUUUCCACUGCUGUGACCAAUCUCCAGUCACUGCCCAAGCCUCAAAAUCAAUUUCUAAUCCAAGACUUCAGCUUCCAACCCCGUCCAUGGAGGAAACCCACUGUUCCUGAGCCAGUGAUGUCAACGCCUAUCACAGAAGAGCAGAGGCCAGAGCGUGAGGCCAUGAAGAGAAAGGCUCAACAAGAGCGUGAGAAUGCGGCCAAAUACACCUCUCUGGGGAAGGUGCAGUUUUUCAUUGAAAGGGAAAGAGAGAUGGAAAUUGCUGAAUACUAUGGCUACACAAUCUAAGAGCUGAGAUUGUUGGUUUUACUUUGGAUACCGCUGGUUUUCCACAUAUAUAGAUAGAUACUAAUUUAUUUAUUCUGAUAUAUUUUUAAAACAUAAUAAAGAAAUGUAAUAGAAUUGAUUAAUAGAUAAGUAAUAAAGAGGCCUUUUCAGUUUUGA